AGAUCGAAAAUUUUUACUGGAUGGGCAACCCUUGGCAAACCCCCCACCACUGAACAAAAGUUGGUAGCACUGCUCGCUCUGCUUUUAGGUGAAAAAUCAGCGCAAGAUAUAGCAAUGGCCUCCGUUAAUAAAUUAUCAAUUUUGAGCCGCACGUUCAGCAGUGCUUCUAACAAGCAGAUGGUGAAGCCACCAGUGCAGCUGUUUGGUCUGGAAGCUCGUUAUGCCACCGCCUUGUAUUCGGCAGCCUCGAAAUUGAGCCAGUUGGAUCAGGUGGAAAAGGAUUUGGUCGCUCUACAGGCCACCAUCAAGGAAAACAAGUCGCUGCGCGAACAAGUAACCAGCCCCAUCAUUAACAGGAAAGUUAUGUCCAUUGCCCUGAUGGAAUCUGCUACUAAGCUGCGUUUUGCCCCAGCCACAGCUAACUUGUUGGGUCUUUUGGCCGAUAAUGGACGCUUGAAGAAGCUUGAAACUGUUAUCAACGCUUACAAGACAAUCAUGGCCGCCCAUCGUGGUGAGGUUGUUUGCGAAGUGGUCACCGCCAAACCCUUGGAUGCUUCCCAAAGCAAGCAGUUGGAAGGCGCCCUUAAGUCUUUCCUGAAGGCCAACCAGUCGCUGAAGAUCACCUCUCGUGUGGAUCCCAGCAUCAUUGGUGGCCUGAUUGUUUCCAUUGGCGACAAAUAUGUCGAUAUGAGCAUUGCCAGCAAAGUGAAACUCUACACAGAUGUGAUUCAGAACGCUGCUUAAGCUUAAGGAAUAAUUGUUAAUUUCUGCGUCUCGUGUAAAAGCGAAUAAACCUCUUGGGACAACCACAUAUUGUACUAAAAGCGUUUCCAGCUUUUCGACAUG